AUGUCAGAAUCGCCAUUGGUAGCGCCCUCUUUAUCUACUUAUCAAGCUGAGGAUGCCUUUGCUUUCCAUAAAUAUCAAGAGCAGAACCAUAAUAGAUCCUUUUACCUUGGGUCGGAUUCUGGGCAAUCGGAGGACUUAUGCGAGCAUAUAUCAUCAUUUUAUUCCGUCGAACUUUUAGUUGACUUCUUCAGGCAAAAUCCACAAUACAAAAGAAUUACUUUACAAUUUCCUGAUCAUUUGAUUAUGGACUCAACUUUGAUUGUGCAACUAUUACAGAAAGCGUUACCUAAUAGCAGUACUAAUGUUUUAAGCGCUGAAUCACAGAAAGAUGAAGGUGAUCCAUGCAGCUGUAACUCAAAAACACCGUGUAGUCAAGUCUCUGAACAACCAAUAAACCGACAAAUAUGGGUUUUGGCGGACACAGCAUAUAGUCCGUGUUGUGUUGAUGAGGUAGCGUGUGAACAUGUGAAUGGAGACAUUGUCGUCCAUUUCGGAGAUGCAUGUCUGAAUGCUGUUCAAAGGCUUCCUGUCUUGUAUUGCUUUGGGAAGCCUUAUACUGAUUUAGACAAAAUAGUUGAGAAGUUUCAGGAGAGGUAUCCUGAUAAAGAAACAUAUGUGUGCCUGAUGGCAGAUAUACCUUAUUCAUAUCAUCUAAAGCAGCUACAUUCAAAGUUAAUCGAUUUGGGGUUUGCAAAUAUACUUUCAUCAGAUGUGAACUCAAAAAUGUUAGGUGCAAAAGCUACCAUAAUUGGAAAAUCUGCAGAUCAUUCUGAUGAAUAUUUGGUGCAUACACUAGAUAAUAGGGAAAUUUACAGCAGAACUAAUUUGAAAAUUGAAAAUGAUGAGUACUUACAAUCCACGUAUGAGCUGUUUCAUAUAACUAUGCCUGAUGAUCCUCGUCUCCUCUUUUUAACAACUAAAUUCAAGGCCGUUACUGUAUAUCAUCCAGAUCAGAACGUCCUCGUUCAAGGGCCUUUUCCCCUAAUGAUGAGACGUUACCGUUCAAUGCAUGUUGCAAGAACGGCAAGUACAAUUGGUAUUCUCGUCAAUACACUUUCCUUAACCAAUACAAGAGAACUUCUGGCCUCACUAAUUAACCUGAUUCGGGAAAAUGGCAAGAAACACUACGUUUUUGUGGUAGGUAAACCCAAUGUAGCAAAACUUGCAAACUUCGAAGCCAUCGACAUAUGGUGCAUCUUGGGGUGUGGUCAGGGCGGUAUUAUCGUAGACCAAGCGAACGAAUUCUACAGACCAAUUAUAACGCCAUAUGAGUUGAUGUUAGCUCUGCAACCUGAAAUUACCUGGACAGGCCAAUGGGUUGUUGAUUUUAAAAAUGUUUUAAAUCAAAUAGAUGCAGCAAGUAACACAGUACCCAUGGAUGAAGGAACUUCAGAGGAACAUAUGCCUGAAUUUGACCCAGUCACAGGUAAAUAUGUUAGCACCUCUAGGCCAUUGAGGAACAUUCAUCAUUUGAAUAUUGAAGCCCCCCAAGAAGCAGCUGACUCUAAAGAUUCUACAGCACUAGUGAAACAAUUUUCUGGCACCAUGACUAUUGGAAGCACAGUUUCUACAUCUGCUGCUUACUUGCAAUCCAGGCAAUGGACAGGGCUUGGCAACGACUUUAAGGAAGAUGAUGAUUACGAAGUAGAUGGAGCUACCGUUGUAGAAGGCCGCACCGGUGUUGCUCGUGGAUACCAAUAUGAUAGAACAUUGUAA